AUGGAUAGAAAAUCUGCUAGAAUAAAAGCAGAGUUAGAAAGAUAUGGUUGGAAAGUUUCAAAGAAUUUUAAAUAUAGGAAGGGAAGACCCAUAAAAGUCUAUGACAAACUUGCUGGUCUGACCUACGAAAUGGACUUAGAAACAGCACGCGCAAACUAUCCAAACAGAUUAGAGAGGUUAGAAGAAGAACGUCUUAUGAACAUGCCUUUCAAUGUUAACGAGCCGCAAGUUGAAGGACACGACGGCUUUGCCAGAUUCUACUGGAAACAUGACGAACAAUUGCAUCCUUUGAGAAGGAAAAAAGGAAAAGGUGAAGACAAACAUGCUCCCAUGGAAAGAACAAGAUAUGCAUAUGAAAAGUACC